AUGAGUCCAGCGGCCAUCGGUGGCCCCCACUUGCGAACUACCUCAAUCAAUGGAACUGGGCCAAUCAACAACACAAAGAAAGAUGGCGUUAAUGGUAUCGGCACUUUGAAUGCUAAUGGUCGAAUACUACCACAUCUAGACGAUCUGGUGAAUGCGAAACCACUUGUCGAUAGACAGUCCUCGUUACGGAAAUUGCUGGAAGCUGGCGAAGAAGCUGCGAAACAUGCGGAAACAUACCUCGACUUUAAACGCCUGGACUUAGCUCUUCAACAGUACAUCAUAGCCUUUACAAUAGCCGUGGAAUAUAUUCCCCAGAGUCCGCAUUUUCCAGAUCUAAGGAGUAGGUCGGAUUAUACUCGAUUAUACGCUGGCUUGCAGAAACGGCUCAAUACACAACAUAAUAAAUUCGAGGAAGUCAAGAAAAUAAUCAAGGAGGAUAAUACAAGAACCGGAGUCAGCCCAUCUAGUUUACUUCCAUAUAAUGGACAAUCUGUUCCUGGAAAUACCAAUAACAUUGCAUUCAAGCCAACCAUAUCCGAUGUUAAUAGCAACUCAACCAAUAAAAAGAUUGAACCCCGUCAAAAGCCAAUGAUACAACCGAAGCCACAAGGGCUUCAUGGCAAUUCGAUACAAACAGCAAAUGGCAUAUCAUCCAGUCUGCCCAGCUCAUCCGAGAGUGACUUGGCCGCAAGAUUCGCCCGUUUGAGGAGUCCAACUACUACAACCCCUACUCAAGAUCCUAGGAUUAGGACUCAACAAAUCACCAUCCCAGAUGAAACCAAAAUAGAUCAAAAGCCAAUCAAUUCAGCAUCGCAGUACAAGCAAAAUGCGAGUAUAUUGCGGCCUCUCGGCCCAAGAGAAAUGCCAAUGAGUCCAGCAACUCUGAAGACAGAAAAGCCCAUCCUUGACAUGGAUACUAGUGUUCCCAUGAUGCCGAGAAUGCCGGAUGCAAUAUAUAGUCCAGCACGUAGUACAGACGUGGUUUCGACCAACAGUCAACCGCCACUGUUAUCUCGAGGGUCUUCCUACUUUAAUGGAAAAAGAGAGCCUUCUAGUUCAGUCGCAAAAGUCUCUCGCAAUCGAAUCGUAGUUGACGAUGCAACUGAUUAUUUCUCAAGCUCCGAGGUCAAUAAUUACACAUUUGAUCAUGGUCAUCCUGAGCCUGAAAUCCGGAUUGACAAGCCAUCAAUACUCAACGCGACAACUAUUACUGCCGAGCAGCUUCAUGGUUUUCUCAAAAUGGGCUCUAAAACCCUGAGUGUCUUGAUCGUGGAUAUUAGAAGCAGAGAAGAAUUCAAUGAGGGGCACAUCAUGGCCUCAUCGAUCAUUUGCAUUGAACCUAUAGCUUUACGAAAAGACAUGUCCGCAGAAGAUCUCGGGGAGGGAAUUGUUCUAUCUCCUGAACCGGAACAAAGGUUGUACGAUCAGAGGCAUACAUUUGACUUAAUAGUCUAUUACGAUCAAUCAUCGAUGCCAAUAAACACGGAACAUAUACCAGGCGAACCUCUUAAUCAUUUGCAACACUUCAGUAAAAUUAUCUACGAUCAUGCUUACGAUCACCGAUUAAAGCGACGGCCGAUGUUACUUGUUGGUGGUCUAGACUCUUGGAUAGACCUCUUUGGGCCAAAUGUAUUAAAGAGCGAAAUGCCUGGCAACAAAUCUCUGGUCAAAAACAAGAAACAUGACCAUCAAGGGUUGGGUCGAGUUUCUAUAGCUCGAAGAGGCUUAGUCGCAAAGAGGACACCUAGAUUACGAACUUUAUCAGCGGCAGAGGAAGAAAAAUGGGAUCAAGCUUUAAAACAAAAUUCCGAUGAUGAGUCACCUGCUCAGGAUUCUACCAUGGACGAAUCUUAUUACGCCAGAACCACCGAGGACUUUAUGAGGAGAUACCCAGAGCUUCCAUCAAUCAAGCAAUCCAUGGCCUCGCCAUCAAUGCCCAGGACAUUGCCUCUCUAUGAUGGAUCAAAAAUUUCAGCCCCACCAACUCGUCCACCACCAGCUCUACCAAGACAGAGAUCAAAUGGCAUUUUUGAACAGACACCUUACAAGAAUUAUGCCAUGACAGGAGGAAAUUCUAGCGCUCCGUCCGCAACAGACCCUGGUCUUUGUGGUUUAAGAAACAUCACGGGUGGUCUCUGUUACAUGAAUGCCGUUGCGAAGAUAGCCCCCGAGGCUGUUGAUGACCCGGGCUCUGCGCAGCUUGCUACAGCAUAUGUGGUGUGGAAACAAUACGUCCAUGCAACCGCCGUUGGCCAUGAAGGUUACAUAGGCUUUGAUCAGUCUCGCAUUGGUGACCAUGACCACAGACCCGAUACAACUUUUGGAACUGCUAGACAGCAUGAUGCCAACGAGUUUUUAGCUUGGCUUUUUGGUGUUAUCAUGGAUGAACAGAAUGUUCAUCGUGACAAGACUGGACUUUUAGGUGAUGUCUCAACUUUUUCUCCAAAGGAGAAAAGUGAAUUGCCAAGAACUCAAAAUUGUCGUGAAGGAUAUGAAAGGGCCCUUGAAACGUUAAAUUCGCCCCUAGCAAAACUUGUCUGUAAUCAAAAGAUGUAUGAGAUAGUUUGUCAGACUUGUAAGGACACUAGCGUGACCUCAGAUAUGUUAUCUCCUAUAAUAUAUCUAGGGGUUGAUCCGAAUGGAGGAUUAAAUCAAAAUUUGCACUCUCUGCUUCGGACGUAUUGUCUGACUGAAGAGAGAACAGAAUUGGAUUGCGAUGGAUGUGGUGUCACACACUCGCGCACCAAAAUUCAGAGGCAGCUCUUUUCUAAUCUCCCGGACUACCUCGUCUUUCCUUUCAAGGUAGCUCAAAUGGCUGGUGAAAUACGGGGUAAUCGCUUAAAUGUUCAAGUAAACUUUCCAUUGGUUCUUGAUAUGGCAGAGUACACUUGGCUAUCACAGAGAGACGGAUAUUCAGAUCGAGUUCUUCCGCAUCAGAGACCACCAUUCUUAUAUGAUUGUUAUGCCGCGGUACAACACAGUGGAUCAACGGAAUCUGGGCACUAUUGGGCGUUGGUCCGUAGGAUAGAUCCGAAUAACAGGUGGACCGAUAAUUGGCACGAAUUCAAUGAUAGUAGAGUGAUACCAGGUAAAACUUUUGCUGACACACAAAGCUAUCGAACUGUCAUGAUCUUUUAUCGUCGUCAAGGCGCUGCUUGA